AUGGAAUCAGUUACUAUCUAUGGCCAGACUAAAGCAGAUCCUGACAUUGCUAACUUACUCAACAGCGUGGGGGGAGCCUGGGGUGGCCUGGGUGAUUACAGAAAAGCAAUCAGCUAUCAUGAACAGGCACUGCAGAUGCACAGGAGUAUCUAUGGUCAGGGUACAGCACAUUUUAAUAUUGCUAACUCACUCAACAGCCUAGGGACAGCUUGGUUCUGUCUAAGUGAUUGCAGAAAAGCUAUCAGCUACUUCGAACAGGCACUGCAGAUAGACAGUAUCUAUAGUAAUGGUACAGCACAUCCAAACACUGCCACCGUACUCAACAACCUGGGGUCAGCCUGGAGUGACCUCUGUAACUACAGAAAAGCAAUCAGAGCAUACGAGCGGGCACUGCAAAUAUGCAGGACUAUCUAUGGUCAUAGUACAGCACAUCCUGACAUUGCUACCUUACUGAACAACUUGGGGAGUGCCUGGCAGGAAUUGGGUGAUUACAGCAAAGCAAUCAGCUACUUUGAACAGGCACUACAGAUGCGCAGGAGUAUCUUUGGGCUGAGUACACUACAUCCUGAUAUUGCCACCACACUAAACAACCUGGGGUCAGCUGGGGGUAGACUGGGUGAUUACAAAAAGGCAGUCAGGUACCAUGAACAGGCACUGGAGAUGAACAGGAGUAUCCAUGGUGAGGGUACAGCACAUCCUGACAUUGCCAGAUCACUCAACAACCUGGGGGGAGACUGGGGCAAUAUGGGUGAUCACAGUAAAGAAAUCAGAUACCAUGAACAGGCACUGGAGAUGUACAGGAUAAUCUAUGGUCAGGGUACAGAACAUCAUAACAUCGCCUUGCUACUCAACAACCUGGGUGUUGCCUGGAGUAAACUGCAUGAUUUCAAGAAAGCUAUCAGGUACUAUGAACAGGCACUUCAGAUGAACAGAAGUAUCUAUGGUAAAGGUAUGGCACAUUCUGAAAUUGCCAUCUCACUCAACAACCUGGGAUGGGCCUGGUGUGACCUGGGUGAUCAAAGGAAAGCAAUCAGCUACUAUGAGCAGGCACUGCAGAUGUACAGGAGUAUCCAUGGACCUAGAACAGCACAUCAUGACAUUGCCUUGUCACUCAGCAACCUGGGGUUAGCCUGGAGUGACCUGGGUGAUUACAAUAACGCAGUCAGCUACCAUGAACAGGCACUGCAGAUGAGAAGCAGUGUCUAUGGAAAGAGUACAGCACAUCCUGACAUUGCUAGUUCACUCAACAACCUGGGGGAAGCCUGGCGUAACCUGGGUGAUCACAGGAAAGCAAUCAGAUACCUCGAACAGGCACUACAGUUGUACAAGGUUAUCUAUGGUGAAACUACAGCACAUUCUGAGAUUGCCACCUCACUCAAUAACCUGGGUUCAGCAUGGAAUGGCCUGUGUGAUUACAGAAAAGCAGUCAGCUUCUAUGAACAGGCACUGCAGAUGUACAGGAAUAUCUAUGAUAAGGAUACAGAACAUGCUGACAUUGCCACUUCACUCAGCAACCUGGCAACAGUGUGGCAUUCACUUGGUGAUUACAGAAAAACUAUCAGCUACUAUGAACAAGCACUCCAGAUUAAAAUGAGUAUCUAUGGCAAGAUGGCACAUCCUGACAUUUACACCUUUCUCAAUAACCUGGGGGAAGCCUGGGGGCACCUGGGUGAUUACAGAAAAACAAUUGACUACUAUGAACAGGCACUGCAGACAUGCAGGAGUAUCUAUGGUCAGGGUACAGCACAUCCUCACAUUGCCAUCUCACUCAACAACCUGGGGAUGGCCUUUUUAUUCCAUGGUGAUAACAAGAAAGCCCUCAGUCUCUGCCAAGAAGCCUUGGCUAUGGUAAAGCAGGUUUUCCCUCAGGACAAACAUCACCAACUGAUAAAAACUAUUGAAAAGCAAAUUGACAUGAUCAAUAUCAAGUCAGAAGCAAAAAAACAUAUUAGGAUCGAGUAUAAUUGUCAAAAACUUUAA